AUGGCAGAAAUUGAAAACCUUGAUGACGAUGAGUUGAUUCCUGAUGCUAUUGCCGUUCUACCGCCAGUUAACGCAAAUGAAUAUAACACUGAUGAAGAUUUCGGCGACGAAAAUGAAGUGGAUAUAAACAACCUUCCUGGAAGUCAGCUGAUGACUGAAGUUAAGGUAAUAUUUGAAAAUAAGGGAUCUAACCAAACUACAGUUGAGAGUGAUUUUGAUAGCGACGAUGACCUACCUUUAUCUAUCUUUCUUAGGAAAAAACGACCAAAAUUAUCGACCUCAAAACCAAAUUACUCUUGGAAAAAAGGUGACAUCAACCAAGAUUUUCCAGAAUGGGUAAACGCAAGUGGUCUAAAAAAUUCUUUAUUUCCUUUAGAACUAUUUUUUCAGUAUAUAGAUGACGAAAUUAUUGACUUGGUUGUAAAAUAUUCCAAUUUGUAUGCUAUUCAGCAUAAUCGCCAAGGUAAUAUACAUUCCAGUGAAAUAAAAUGUUUCGUUGGUGUUUUACUGCUCUCUGGAUACAACUCACUUCCUCGACGGUCAAUGUAUUGGGAAAAUAACAGUGACGCAGGAAAUAAGUUUUCGAAACUGAGGAAUUUGUUUUCUACUCUGAAUGAGAAAUUUCAGUCAUUUGCACCCCUUGAAGAGUGCCAUAGCGUGGACGAGUCGAUGGUACCCUAUUAUGGCGGUCAUGGAUCAAGACAGUACAUCCGAGGAAAGUCCAUUCGUUGGGGUUAUAAGGUAUGGGUGGGAACAACUAAAAAGGGGUACAUUGAAUGGUUUGAGCCGUAUCAAGAGUCCACAACUAUUAUUUUUGAAAAAUAUCAUCCUCUUGGCUUAGGGGCUAGUGUUGUACUUCAGUUUGCUGAUAUUAUUCAGUCUCAAUGUGAAAAAGCUCCUUUCUAUAUCUUUUGUGACAUUGUGAUUUUUUUACGUCAUUACGUCUGUUGGCUGAGCUGA